AUGAUCUCACGUACCCAGCUGGUGCAGAGUGUGCUCCAGGAGCUCCAGGAAGCGGCUGAAUGCUUUGGCCUGGAGGGCCUGACCAAUGCAGCCCUGGAAGCCAAGAAGACACUGUCUUCCUUCUCUCUGCCCAGUUGCCGCAGUGGGGACCAGUUCCAAGGUGAGAUGGAUGUGGACUCAGUGGCUCUCAGCCUGUAUCCAGAAGAUGCCCCCAAGAACAUGCUGCCCUUGGCAUGCAAAGGGAAGGGGAGCCGUCUGUUCGAGGCGGCCAGCGUGUUGCUGUGGGGCGGGCCUGGCCUGAGCCCAGAACUCCGGGCCCGUACUGUGGUGGAGAUGUUGCUGAACAAACAUUACUAUCUCAAAGGCAUGAUUGACUCCAAGGUGAUGCUGCAGGCAGUCCGCUAUUCUCUCUGCUCGGAGGAGACCCCAGAGAUGACCAGCCUUCCUCCUGCUACCUUGGAGGCCAUCUUUGAUGUGGAUGUUAAAGCUACAUGCUUCCCCGACAGCUUUGCCAACGUGUGGCACCUCUAUGCCCUGGCGUCAGUUCUCCAACACAACAUCUAUUCCAUCUAUCCCAUGUGGAACCUCAAGAUCCGGCCCUAUUUCCACCGGCUGAUCAGGCCCCGCUGCUGUAACCAGCCCCCCUCAACUCUGCACAUCAUGUGGUCGGGGCAGCUGCUGGCAGGCCAGCUGCUGGCCAGCCAGGUGUUCAAACCAGAGUACUUCUCUGCUGUGGUGGGACUGGAGGAAGUAGAGUCAGAAAUGGCCAGCCCUCCUCCUCCUCCUGUCCCCCCGGCAGAGACGCUGGAGUUGCUGAACCGAGACCCUCAGCUCACCUACUCUCAUCUCCGAGAGCGCUACAGCAUCACCAAGAGCACCUUUUACCGAUGGAAACGCCAAUCACGUGAACACCGCCAGAAGGCAGCGACGCGCUUUGUCGCUAAGCACUUCCUCCAGUCGUGUUUCCAGGAUGGCAACGUGAUACCUUUGCAGCGCUUCCGUCAGAUGUUCCCCGAAAUCUCGAGGUCUACUUACUAUGCCUGGAAGCAUGAGCUUCAGGGUACCUCCGAGGGCGGCGUGAGCAAGGAUCCCAUGUCUGAGACCUCCCUGGAGAUGGAAGAGUUGGAAAAGCUGUCAGCAGAGGGGAAAAAGAGCCGUCCGCCGGACCCUGGCCCAACGGGGGUCUUCAUGCAGGGAGCAAAGAGCUAUCUGGAGCGCUGCAUCUCCAUGAACACACUGGUACCCUACCGAUGCUUCAAACGUAGCUUCCCUGGCAUCUCGCGCUCUACCUACUAUAACUGGCGCAGGAAGGCUAUCAAGGGAAACCCCAACUUCAAGAUCCCACCGCCCCUUACAGGGGGGAGCCUUCAUCCUCCCACUGGGGAAAUCUUGCAGCCUGGGAAGGGCAUUGCCAUCAGGAAGGGGCUGGCUGGGGUGCAGCGGAGCUCCCGGGGGCUCUUGGCCCUGAAGCCCUCCCUAGCCAGGUGGCAGAAGCGAUUACGCCGGGCUGCCCGGAGGCAGGUCCAGAGUAGGGGCCUUCCUUUCUGCCGAUUCCGCCUCCGCUACCCCAGCCUGUCACCCAGCUCCUUCUGGCUCUGGAAGAGCAUAGCCAAAGGCAGGCCUGCCUCUCGAUACAGCUUCCCCUCCCAGAUCCCUAGCAAGGGGGUCCUGGGAGCCGUGGGGAAGGCAGAGGUGGGAGAGAAGCCAGUGGUGCCAAUGAUCCAGAAGGAGGGAGCCCCCAGGGAGGAUCGCUCUCUGGGGCCCUAUCAUGGCACCCUGUCUGGUUAUGCAGUGGCAGGGGGUGCGGUCAACGGCGGUGGAGGCAGUAGUAGCAACGGCCGGGUAUUCGUCAUGGAUGUGAUUGCCACGACCCAAUUCAAGGCCCAAGCGAAGCUCUUCUUACAACGACGUUUUGAGUCGAAGACUUUCCCCUCAUAUAAGGAGUUCAGCAGCCACUUCCCUUUCACAGCACGAUCAACUUACUACAUGUGGAAGCGAGCCCUCCAUGAUGGCCUCACCCUAGUUGAUGCCUAA